CCAGUGGCGGUCCAAUAAGGAAUUGCGGUUAUUUCAUAAUUUGUAAAUAUCUUCGCUUUCCUAAUAUUAUGGCAUGAUGACAAGAUGCAUUGAGAUAUCAAUUUAAAAGAAUGUCCGGAAUGAUAAGAAUACCAGCGAUGAAAAUAGUGGAAGCUACCAAAAAGCAUACCGCUACUUUGAUUCUUUUCCAUGGAUCUGGGGGUAACGGAGAUGACAUGAAGGAAUGGGUAGAUAUGAUGAACAGAGAAGAGUUGAAGUUUCCACAUAUAAAAAUUAUUUAUCCUACCGCACCUCCUCAGCGGUACACGCCUAAUGGGGGGAUGAUUAGUAACGUUUGGUUCGAUAGAAAAGAUAUAUCGAUGUUUGUCCCCGAAGAAGUGGAAUCUGUAAACUUAAUGUGUGAAAAAGCAUCGGAAUUAAUCGAAAAGGAAACCGAAAUUGGCAUCCCUGAAAGUAGAAUAGUCCUCGGGGGAUUUUCAAUGGGUGGAGCUCUAGCCAUGUAUAUGUCUUACAAAUAUAAAAAGUCUGUCGCAGGCUGUGUCGCCAUGUCUACGUUUUUAAAUGUUAAUUCAAUGGUUUACGAGGAACUAAAGUCAGAUACGGCAAAGAAUGUUCCACCGUUGCUUCAAUUUCAUGGUGCAAACGAUGCAUUGGUCCCGUUUACUUGGGGUGAAGAGACAUGUAAGGUUUUAAAGAGUCUCGGGGUGAAUGUGGAGUUUGUUCGUCUCAAAAAUGCAUAUCAUGAAUUGGCGAGAGAAGAAAUUGCUUAUCUGAAGAAAUGGGUCCUUAAUAUUUUACCCGAAGUAACAUCUUGACUCGAUAUUUAAUGCAUGCAGUACACAAGUUCCAAGUACUUUGGGUUUUAAAUCCCAAAAUAUCAAUAAUUAUCAGCUGGCAUCAAAAGAAUUAGUGCACUCACUAAGAUGCCUACAUUUGGAAUUCAAAGUGACUUUUGUACAUAUUUUAUACAAUUACGUUACAAUUACCGGUCUCAAAGAAGGAGGGUAGGAAUCUAUGAACAGAUGAAUUCUGUACAUAGUUGUAAAUAAAUAAAAGAAAAUUAUCCCGUCUCGUUUUAA